UGUGUACAUUACGAGUCAUUUAACCGUAGGAGACAUAAAAUUUUGUAUUUAUUUAUGCAACGCGAUAAGAAAUAUGUAUUUAGUCAACUGCCUCGUUCUAUCAUUUCUCCUUGUUAGUUGUUAUGGAGACGCACAAAAUUCAAGAGUUGCUACAGCUUUUUUGGAUAACAAACUUAUACCCAACAUUGAAACAGUGGCGCCGCAACUUUUUAUAAGCGUCAAUUAUUCAACUGUUAAUGUGGAUUUGGGGACUACAGUCAACCCUCUGCAAACCUUAUUACAACCGACUGUCAGUUUUAAAGCCAAUUCCACCGGGCUAUAUACGUUUAUGUUUUUUGGGCCGGAUCUUCCAAUCGAUUUCAUUCCAAGAUACACGCAGUUCCUCCACUGGUUGAUUGUGAACAUCCGUGGGGCAAAUAUGGAAAGCGGCGACACUUUGGCUUCAUAUUUUCCCCCCACUCCUUACCCUGGAGGAUUUCCGUACUUAUUUCUCCUUUAUCAGCAGAGCGAGUGGAUUGAUCCUGAACCUCUUGAUUCGUUAUGUUCAAUUCUAAAUCGUCCGGGUUUUGACCCCGUGGAGUUUAAGGAGCGGCACAAUCUGACUGGACCAAUAUCUGGUAAUUUUAUGCGUGAAGCAUACUUAUCGCCUGAAGCGCUUGAAAAUGUUAUAAACUCUUUAAGUUCGUCCCUUUAAUACAUUUAUGAUUUUACUUUGAUUUAUGUACAUCACAUUUAUGUACAUAUUC